GUUUCCUCGACCUCGGCGACCAAUUCCAAUAUCUUGACUUUUCCCUAGAUUUCGUCUGUACACACCACUCACAGUUGUGAAAUCACCGAAAAUCGACUCAAACACACCGCUUUGACAUCUGAGAUUCAUGGAAGACCCAUCAGGUUCUGGAGGAUGGCGCUUUGCCCAAUGUUUUGGAGACAAGGGUGAAGUCGAGGAUAUCACAGAAGCCGACAUCAUCUCCACCGUCGAAUUCGACUCGACAGGAAAUUAUCUUGCCACAGGAGACAAAGGCGGUCGUGUCGUGCUCUUUGAGAGAAAUGAAAUGAAAAAGGGAUGCGAGUACAAGUUCUACACCGAGUUCCAGUCACACGAGCCCGAGUUCGACUACCUAAAAUCUCUUGAAAUCGAGGAGAAAAUCAACAAGAUCAAAUGGUGUAAACGACAGAAUGCCGCCCAUUUCCUAUUGUCGACUAAUGACAAAACGAUCAAACUCUGGAAGGUCUUCGAGAAGUCCCUACGGGUAGUGACCGAGUCCAAUCACUUCGAUGGUACACGUCCAUUACCAGCCCCCAGUUCCGCUCAGCACCUCCGCCUUCCCCGGAUGCAGCAGCAAGAUAACAUCAUUGCUGCUGUUCCUCGGAAAGUUUACGCCAACGCCCACGCAUACCACAUCCACUCUAUCUCUGUAAAUUCCGACCAGGAGACCUACAUCUCUGCCGACGACUUGCGCAUCAAUCUCUGGAACCUCAACAUCAGCGAUCAGAGUUUCAAUAUCGUUGACAUCAAGCCGGUCAACAUGGAGGAAUUGACAGAGGUCAUUACUGCGACAGAAUUCCACCCAACCCAGUGCAACUUGUUCAUGUAUUCGAGCUCCAAGAGCAACAUCAAGCUCGCUGAUAUGCGUGAUUCAGCUCUCUGCGAUCGACAUGCCAAAUGCUUUGAAGAGGAGGAAGACCCGUCAACUCGCUCGUUCUUCUCCGAGAUCAUUUCCUCCAUUUCUGACGUGAAAUUUAGUCAUGAUGGGAGAUACAUUCUCUCGCGUGACUACCUCUCGUUGAAGAUCUGGGAUAUCAACAUGGAGUCGCGACCAGUGAAGACGAUCCCUAUCCACGACCACUUACGUGGCAAGCUUUGCGAUUUGUAUGAGAACGAUUGCAUCUUCGACAAAUUCGAGUGUGUGUGGGGAGGUGAUGACAAACACGUGCUGACAGGCUCUUACCACAACUAUUUCCGGAUAUACGACACGGAGACGCUUAAUGACGUGGUACUUCAAGCGGAUAAAUCUGCUUUCAAGCAGAAGAAGAUUGGCGGGCCCUUGCCGGGCAACAAGGCAAAGAACGGACCGAGACCAGGUGGAUUGAGGGAAGCGAUGCAAUUGGAGACACUCGAUUUCAACAAGAAGAUUCUACACGCAAGCUGGCACCCUCGAGAGAAUACGAUUGCGAUUGCUGCCACGAACAAUUUGUUCUUGUACAGUGCUGCGUAAUAAACUUCUUGCUGGACAAAUUCCGCUGUUACCUGGUUUUACUG